AUGGAUUUUAUUGAACUCAACCCGACAGACGAUGAACACGAACAAUUUUUCGUGGAGCAACAAAAUGAUGAAAAUGAUGGACGACAAUCUACCACCACCACCACCACCAACCCUACAGACGACCAAUUUUUCGUGGAGCAACAAAAUGAUGGACGACAAUCUACUAGCACCGGAAAAAGAAUUAAAUCGUCGAGUUUAUCCGAUUUGAAACUGAAAUUUAAAAUUGCAAGGUUCAACGAUGAAAGAAAAUGUUCCGUGAAAAGUCUUUAUCAUUGUGCCACAUAUUGUCCUCAGCAGCAGCAGCAACAACAACAACAACAACAACAACAAAUGAUAUUCGUCGAAUUUGUCGUACAACCACCACCAGAACAAGGAGAGCAAAUCGAAUCUUUGAGUGCUACCAAUGACGUUCUUUCAUCAUCAUCAUCAUCAUCUUUCACCAUGUAUGAUCAGAUAUCUCCUGUCACGAAUGACGUUCCUUUAACAUCAACAUCGGUCACCAUGUACGAACCGAUAUCUCCUGCUAACAUCACGGAAGACGUUCCUUCAACAUCAUCUUCGAUCUCCAUGUACGAACCGAUAUCACCUGCUAAUAAUAAUAAUAAUAAUAAUAAUAAUACUAAUAAUGCUACGGAAUACGGAUCAAGUCUAGAAUUUCAACCCAAAACACCACUAAUAGAUUUGUCUAUAUUUUCGGAAGACUGGUUGAAUGGUGAUGACAUCGAUUUUAACAAUCUUGAUAUUAUUAAUUUUUGA